GUAUCGAUCCUGCCAGCUUGUCGCAUGCCGCUCGACACGGGACACUGGGGAAAGAUAAACACCUGACGGAAGCCUUGGUCAAAAGAGCUCUCGUCUGGAAGCAUCGGGAUGUCGUGAAGGAGGCCGUGGCCGGCGAUCUGCGGGAGGUGGCGGCAGCAGUUGCCGAUGCAUACACACUCCGGGCACUUACGAAAGCAGCGGUGGAGGAGGACCUCUUCCGAGCUCUGGUCCUCGAGCAGGUUGAGAAGCUCAGGCAAGAAGCGGAGGAGAAUGGGGAGGUCGCCAUCGACGGUGUAUUUAGUGAUGACGAGGGCAGCGCUGGGAAGACGGUAGACCUCGAGUCUUUAGACCUGGGCCUGUUCACCGAGUCACCGGGCCCGGCGCAGCUCUUCCAUCAGUGUAUCCCCGUGAUUUGGGUCACGCUGAUCAACAUGUGGCCAGGGCUUCUCUCGCAGUAUCUGCAGAUGAUCUGGUGCAAGCCCGUUUCGGGAGAGGGAGGAGUCGUUAUGCGGCUACAGCCGCAUCCUGAUGUGGAAUGCUGGACCGGUGAUCACCUUCCCAUCGCCUAUAUCGCCAUCAUCGGACUUACCGUCUGGUGCAUCGGCAUCCCGCUGCUGCUUUACUUGGCGAUUUGGCGGCUGCAAGAUCGGAACACCCAGGAAAAUUUCAGGACUUACGGUUACUUCAUCGAUGGCUUCGAGCCCGCGUACUGGUGGUGGGACAUCCUGAUCAAGCGCGGAGACGUUGCUAUCAUGAUGCUGGUCACCUACACUUCCGUCGCCGAUGAUGAGAAGGCGAAGCUGCUGAUCUAUCCGUUCAUCUCGGGGGGGCAUCUGGCGAUUACGGCCUGGUGCCGGCCUUUCCUCAACAACCAGGCAGAGAUUCUCGACUUCCUUGAGUACAUCCUCUCGAGUUUUCGUUUCCUUUUUUUCAGCGGCAUUGCCUUGCUGCUCAUCUUCCACUCGCAGGACACCCUCUGGGCCAUGGCCAGUGUGCUGGUCUCGAUGCUGGUUCUGAUGUGCCUCUACUUUGCUCUGCACGUGAUCGCGCAGGUGAUGCGCAAAGCUUCGAAAGACAUGCAGGAGGAGGACGAAGAGUCGGCGACCGCAGAUUUCUUCCGACGUCAGUCAACUGAGGUCUCCACGCCAUCUAAAGCCGCCAGCUCGGGCAAAGAG